UUUGCCGAACAAGCUGAUGAGACACUUCCACGAUUUACUUACGCGGUGUUUGACGAAAAUCAAGAUCAAAACCGAGAUUCUGGAUGAGAUUGAGAAUUUUUCGAUCAACGACGAGCUGGAUGUCAGAAAUUUACCAUCAGAAAAUGCAUCGCGCCAUGAAAAUUCCGAGCGGAAGAUCUCAGAAUCGGACUGUCAAAGAAACGCAAGCGUUUCGCUUUCCCGGAAACAAAUGGACGAGUACACUGACUUAAAGGAAUACAUCGUGGCACAUGCAGGACGGGGGCUUUUAAUGUGCAGCGUCUGCAGGAUCGAAUUUCCGAACGAGAUCGAAUUCGGGAUCCACAUGAUUGGACAUAGCCAUGAGAGGCUUUUUCAAUGCGGAUUUUGCGGAAAACAAUUUUCACGAUCGUCAACCUUAAAGGAUCACCUGCAUAUGCAUUUUAUUCCGAAGCCUUUUGCGUGCAGACAAUGCGAGCUUCAAUUUCAGAAAAAACGCGCGUUGAAAAGACACCAGACCAAAGUGCACUCGGGGGGAAGAGUGUUCCAGUGUCCCGUUUGCAAGAAAAAAUUACUACGUCACCGAUCGCUGCGCGAUCACGAACUGAUGCACGCCAACGCGAGGCUGCACAAGUGCGCAACUUGCGGCAAGAGCUUCCCGAGGUCCAGCAGCCUCCGGACUCACAUGAUCGUCCACACCGCGGACUCGCCGUUCGCCUGCGAUCUCUGUCCGGCAAAGUUCAAGAGAUCGUCGGUGCUGAAGACGCACAAGCUGACGCACACGAGCGUGAGAAGGUUCGAGUGCGACAUCUGCAAGCAUCGUUUUCACCUGAAAGGCGCGCUCAAGCACCACAUAUUGGCUCAUUACGGUAUCAGGCCUACAAAUGCGAAGAUUGCGGCAAGAGCUACAGGAGAUCCUGGGGUCUCAAGGUGCACCGAUAUCGACACACCGGAAUAAAGAAAUUUGAAUGCGACUUGUGCAAGCUGCGCUUCAGUGUGAAGUCGAAGCUCGCAAAUCAC